AUGUCUUUAAUCAGCAGUAAAACCACGAUAAAAAGGCAAGUAAGGGCCUUCAUCCUUGUUUUUUUCUUUGACGUUGCUGUCUGUCAGAUACGUUACUCCGUUCUAGAGGAGAUGAGAAAGGGCUCCUUUGUGGGAAAUGUAGCUGAAGAUUUAGGCAUCGACGCUACAAGACUGGUAUCAGGCGGUGCCCGGAUUGUUAGCAGCGAUAGCAGCGAGUAUAUAAGACUGGAUAUAGACAAAGGGAAUCUUGUGGUGGGGGAAAGGAUAGACAGAGAGCAGCUCUGCGGGCAGACAUCGCCCUGUAGCCUGAAUUUUGAAAUGAUAAUGAUGAAUCCAAUGCAAUUACAUAGCGUCGUAGUGGAAGUGUUGGAUGUUAAUGAUAAUGCCCCUGUGUUUCACGAGAAAGAAGUGCAUGUCGAAAUAGUAGAAUCUGCUCUCCCAGGGACAGAAAUAUUACAGGAGAGUGCUACAGACCCUGACGUUGGCAUUAACGCCUUACACGGCUAUAUAUUACACCCAACAACGCAUUUCAAUAUCAAAGUCAUGUCAAGCCCAAAUGGUCACAAAUAUGCUCAGCUGUAUCUUUCUAAUGCUUUAGACCGCGAGAAAGAGAAGAAGCUGCUCCUCACAUUGACUGCUGUGGACGGCGGUGAGCCACAACGAACAGGGACACUGAAAAUACAUGUAACUGUGCGAGACACUAAUGACAAUGCUCCGGUUUUUACGCAAUCAUUAUUUAAGGCGACCGUCAAAGAAAAUGUUCCAAAGGGAACUUUAGUGCUGAGCGUGAGCGCAACGGAUGCAGAUGAAGGAAUGAAUGGCCAUGUUACAUAUCACUUUAAUCGUAUGUCAGGUAAUGUAGCUGAACUAUUUAAUCUAGAUGAAAACAGCGGAGAUUUAACUGUAAACGGUGCCAUCGAUUAUGAAGAAAAUAAAAUAGUUGAGAUUGGUGUGCAGGCGAAAGACCAAGGCGGACAAAGUACAUCAACUAAAGUAAUAAUUGAGGUUACGGAUGUAAAUGACAACCCCCCUGUAAUAACACUGACCUCGUUUUCCAAUGCUAUUGCAGAGGAUUCUCCCAGUGAGACUACUGUGGCAAUCAUCAACGUGAAAGAUCUAGAUUCCGGCAAAAAUGGCAGAGUAGACUGCUCAAUUAAUGGCAAUAUCCCGUUUGCAAUCCACUCAUCUCUAAAGAAUUAUUACACUCUGGUAACAAACGGCGUCCUUGACAGGGAACGUGAUCCUGAAUACAACAUCACUUUCACAGCCGUAGAUGAAGGGAGCCCACCACUGUCAACUAACAAGACAAUAACACUCCGAAUAUCUGACGUCAAUGAUAAUGCUCCCGUGUUUGAACAGAGUUAUUAUGAGGCUAAUAUCAUGGAGAAUAACUCACCAGGAUUGUCUGUGUUCUCUGUGAAAGCGCACGACUUGGACUCCGGCCCAAACGCUCGUGUGUCUUAUCUGCUUAUUGAAAGUCAUUUGAAUGGUAACCCCAUAUCAACCUAUAUAUCCGUUAACGCAGGAGACGGAGUUAUACAGGCGAUUCGAUCAUUUGAUUUUGAGCAAAUAAAAACUAUAAAUAUAUUUGUCAAAGCGCAAGAUGGAGGCUCCCCUCCUCUAAGCAGCAACACCACAGUUAAAAUAAAUAUUCAAGACCAGAACGACAACCCCCCUCAGGUUCUGUACCCGGUCCAGACUGGAGGCUCAGUGGUGGCUGAGAUGGUUCCUCGUGCAGCAGAUGUGGGCUAUCUGGUGUCUAAAGUGGUGGCUGUUGAUGUGGACUCUGGACAGAAUGCCUGGUUGUCGUAUAAACUGCAGAAAGCCACAGACAGGGCGCUGUUUGAAGUGGGCUUACAGAAUGGAGAAAUCAGAACUAUCCGCCAAGUGAGUGAUAAAGAUGCUGUGAAACAAAGACUGACUGUUAUAGUGGAGGACAACGGGCAGCCGUCUCGUUCAGCUACAGUCAUUGUGAACGUGGCGGUGGCGGACAGCUUCCCUGAAGUGCUGUCAGAGUUCACUGACUUUACCCACGACAAGGAAUACAAUGAUAACCUGACUUUUUACUUAGUGCUGGCUCUGGCUGUAGUGUCCUUCCUCUUCAUCACGUGUUUGGUGGUUAUCAUAUCAGUGAAAAUCUACAGAUGGAGACAGUCUCGCGUCACGUAUCACUCCAAUCUUCCUGUGAUUCCAUAUUAUCCACCACGUUACUCAGACACUAUGGGCACAGGGACUCUGCCACACGUGUACAAUUACGAGGUGUGCAGGACGACUGACUCCAGAAGGAGUGACUGUAAGUUCGGCAUAGCUGGGAGUCAGAACGUGCUGAUAAUGGACCCCAGCUCUACAGGGACCAUGCAGCGGAUACAGAGUGAGAAGAGCAUCCUGGAUGAACCAGACUCUCCUUUGGAGGUGAGGCCUUUGAGAAAAUGA